GCUACAAGCCACUAGGGCUCACGUCCACGGUUCCGCUGAGGACCUGUGCAGGACCAUGGUUCUCAAACUUCAGCGAGCACUUGGGCGAACUUUCUCUCUUGACAACGCUCAGCCGGAGGUGGACUGAGAGGGACCCCGGGAAUCUGCAAAUUAAAUAACUAUCUCCUGAAUUCCUUUGCAAUAAGGUCGCCUCCGGGACACAGGAGAAAUUCUGGCGUAAAACGCAUCUGAGAACAACAGCGUGCCAAGAGAGGCCUGGGGCGGGAGAAAGGCGCUCUUGACCUGUCUGCCUAGGCCCUGGGAGAACGCGUCCUGUUUCCAGGUGACGGGAAGGCGCGGCAUGAUGACGUCAAGCAGACAACGGAAGGCCACGCCUCGAUGCCGAGGGAGGGACGGGGCGCGCGCGGAGUGAUGACGUCUGUGGCCUGCUCAGGCCUCGCCCCCAACAGGGGCGGGGCCCGCGCUGCAAUUCUCACCCUGCGCUGGCGUCCGCUGAGUGUGCGCUGGACGGUGCGGGGACUCGGUGCCACGGGCCUGAAGGUGGAACCCGCUUAGCCCCGGGCAGGUUGACAUGAAAUGAUGGCACCCAGCCCAGAAGGAAGCGACGAUGUCCUGUGGUCAGACCUCCCCAAGGGGCCCCUCAGCGUGUACCGGGAGAGAGCAUCCUUCAGCUGCAGGGAGCUGCUGCUUUUCUGGGAGGGCGAGGACGUGCUCCGCUUUAAGAAAAUGAUCUUCUCGGCUUUGGAGAACGAUCCCCUCUUCGCCCGGUCCCCCAGUGCCAAUCUGUCCUUGGAGAAGUACCGUGAGCUGACCUUCCUCCGGUGCAAGCGGGUGUUCGAAUAUGACUUCUUUAACAUGGAAAACCUGCUCCAGAGCCCCAUGAGCGUCCUCUCAGUGAUCCAGUGCCUGGGCAUGUUCGACUGGUCCCUGGCUGCCAAGUGUGUCCUCAAUGUGUUGGUUUUUGGAACAGCAAUUUAUAGCUCGGGUUCUCAAAGACACUUCAAGUAUAUUGAGAAGAUCUACACUAUGGAGAUUUUUGGCUGCUUUGCUCUGACUGAAGUGAGUCAUGGGAGUAACACGAAGGCCAUUCGGACGACGGCUCACUAUGACCCUGCUACUGAGGAAUUCAUCAUACACUCCCCGGACUUUGAAGCUGCCAAAUUUUGGGUUGGCAACAUGGGCAAGACAGCGACUCAUGCAGUGGUGUUUGCCCAGCUGCACAUGCCAGGGGGCCAGUGCCAUGGGCUGCAUGCAUUCUUGGUGCAGAUUCGGGAUCCAAAGACCCUGCUUCCUAUGCCAGGGGUGAUGGUCGGUGACAUAGGGAAGAAGCUUGGGCAGAACGGACUGGACAAUGGAUUCGCCAUGUUCCACAAGGUUAGAAUUCCUCGCCAGAACCUCCUGAACCGGACUGGGGAUGACCCUGAGGGCACCUAUGUCACCCCCUUUAAGGACGUCAGGCAGCGCUUCGGUGCAUCCCUGGGCACUCUGUCCUGGGGACGCAUCGCCAUCAUCGGCAUGUCGGUGGUCAACCUGAAGCUGGCCGUGUCCAUAGCAUUACGCUUCUCGGCCACUCGAUGUCAGUUUGGGCCAACAGAGGAGGAGGAGAUUCCUGUCCUUGAGUAUCAACUGCAGCAAUGGCGCUUACUUCCUUAUCUGGCAGCUGCCUACGCCUUGGACCACUUGUCCAAAUCACUCUUCAUUGACCUGUCAAGGUUACAGCAAGACCUGCGGAGGGGAGAUGGCGGCACUGCACAGGCAGAGCUCGGACGCGAGAUCCAUGCACUGGCAUCAGCCGGCAAGCCCUUGGCCUCAUGGACAGCCCAGCAAGGAAUCCAGGAAUGCCGGGAGGCGUGUGGUGGACAUGGCUAUCUGGCCAUGAACCGAUUGGGGGACCUCAGGAAUGACAACGAUCCGAACUGCACGUAUGAAGGGGACAACAAUGUCCUGCUGCAGCAAACAAGCAACUACCUGCUGGGCCUUCUGGAGCAUCGGCUCCAAGACGGAGCUCGCUUCAAAAGCCCUCUGAAGACGGUGGACUUUCUAGAAGCCUAUCCCACCAUCCUGGGCCAGAAGUUCACAGGAUCCAGCAUGGCUGACUGGUUGGACUCCUCCGGACCCCUGGUAGCGUACCAGUGGCUGGUCUGCUACCUGCUCCAAGAGAGUCAUCAAAAACUCAAUCAAGAGAAAAGAUCAGGAAGCAGUGACUUCGAAGCAAGAAACAACAGCCAGGUGUACUACUGCCGGUCCUUGGCUCUGGCCUUCAUGGAGCUCAUCGUGGCACAGAGGUUCCACGAGUUCACGCAUGGCCCUGGUGUGCCACCCUCACUGAGAGCUGUGCUCGAGCGGCUCAGCGCACUCUACGCUCUGUGGUCCUUGAACCAGCAUGUGGCUGUGCUCUACCGAGGUGGAUACUUCUCUGGUGAGCAAGCAGGGAAAACGAUGGAGGACGCCAUCCUGCACCUAUGUGCGCAGCUGAAAGAUGACGCCGUGGCCCUGGUAGACGUGAUCGCCCCUCCCGACUCUGUUCUGAACUCCCCAAUCGGCAGAGCUGAUGGCGAGCUCUAUAAGAACCUGUGGAAUGCCAUGCUGCAGGAGAGCAGGGUGCUGGAGCGGGCAUCGUGGUGGCCAGAGUUCGCAGUGAACAAACCUGUGGACGGCAGUCUGAAGGCCAAGCUGUAGGUGCAGCAGCCACGGCCAAGUCUAACCAAGUACUGAAACCAGCAAGGCCUGGACAUGGCUCUGGCUCCAGGAGACUGAGAUGCCACCGGCUCCCGAACAUGCACGCUGCACCGCUGCUGGCAGGUGGUCAUGUCACACCGUGGUCACGCUGAUGGGUCACACCGACAUGCAGGGCAGAAUGUAUGGAGAAUGCAACACCCUGAGAUAAGGUGGAAAUGUCCAGGACAGGCGGGAGUGAAGGGCACCUCUGCGGUGCAACAUGGACUUGCACAGAUGAGCCGUUAGGGACCAGCUCCUGUGGAUCCUGCACUCCUGUCCCGUGUUGCCGCCUUUGAGUACCAGAGUCACUCUGCCUGACUUGUGUGAUACCAAGUCUCCUUGGAUGGACCCACAUCCUCUACAGCAAUCAUCAGAUGUGGGAGCCCACCAGUGUCCCGGCUGCUUGAGACAGGUGAGCUGAGUUCAACUGAACCCACACUGGGAGCCCCAGCCAUGGCUGUGGCCACAGCUGGGGACUGUCUGGCCCUUGGGGUGCCUGCAGAGGACAACCUCAGUCUGUUGGCAAUCUAUGCUGCUCUAUGCUACUGGCGACCCCAGUCAGUCUCUGUUUUGCUUUUGAUUCUACUCUGCAGCCACUCUGUCAGUAAAACUUACACUGGGGCAUUCGAUCGGAUGCAGAAUCUUCAACCUUAAACCCAAGACAUCAGUGUGGCCCUGUGAGAAUCCAGAUUCCCACGGCUUCCAGGAAUGCACUGCCACCCUGUUCCCAGGCAAGCACAAGGACCAAC